AUGAAGUUCGUUGAAGGGAAAAUUAUACAAGAGAAGGUUUUUGGAGAUGCAGUAUUCCCAAAAACACUGAAUCCCCCAAUAGGAAAAGCUUGUGGAACAAGUGAUUUAUUAGUAGAAAUGAUAAAAGAAAAACGAGAGUGGCUAACGGAUUUGCUAAAACGCCAUCUUGCAAUUCUGUUUAGGGGAUUUAACGUUUUAACUCCUGAGGAAUUUCAAUCAGUUGUUGAGGCAUUUAAUUGGGAUGAAAUGCCAUAUUUGGGGCCAACUCAUCGUGCCAAAGUCACUGAUCGAGUUUUUACAGCAAAUCAAGCACCUGUUGGCCAGUGUAUCAACUUUCAUCAUGAAAUGUUCUUGAUUAAACAACAACCUUCGAAGAUAUUCUUCUAUUGCCAAGAGCCAGCUCCAGAAGGUGGAGAGACAUCCAUAUUGCCUAGCCACAUUAUUGUAAGCAAGAUGGAAGAAGAACUUCCUGAGUUUGUUGCUGAUAUUGAGCAGAAGGGUUAUGUGUUCAAAAUGAAAACAGCGAAAGAAAAUCAUUCCAAUUCUAUCAUGAAUAAGACUUGGAAUAUAUUAUUAGAAACCGAGGAUGAAUUUGAAGCUGAGAAAAGGGCCAAAGAGAAGCUGAAUUGCAACGCAGUAAACUUUAAUGAGGAUGGGAGUGCAGAAUUUGUGUACGGACCCUUGAAUCCAAUUAGAAACUUUGAAGGAAAGAGGGUUUGGUUUAACCCUAUUUCAAAGUACUCAACAAGUGACAAAGACAUAACAACUUUUGGGGAUGGGAGUAGUUUUCCAGAGGAAUCAUUUGAAGUAUACAAAAGGAUAACAGAGGAAAACAAUGUUGACAUAAAAUGGGAAAAGGGUGAUGUUUUAUUGCUUGAUAAUUUAAGUGUUCAGCAUGCCAGGCGCCCUGGAAAGCCGCCUCGUGUUAUACUUGUAUCUAUGUGCAAGUGUUAUUGGAUUAGUUUUCGUGAAUGGAAUAAAGUAAAGGAGUCUUGGAUUGAUUCAGGAUAUUUUGUUGUUGAAUCACCGUUGAAAUUGAUGCGAUUUUGGAAAGUUGUAGAGGCGGGGGAUAUCCAUCUCAACAAGACUGGGAUUACCAUCCCAUCACAAGGGAUUCCUCUGCCAGUGGAACACAUUCGUUACACUGAAAAUGGGCAUGGAGAUGAGGAGAAUCAGAUUGAGGGUUCAAAGAAGUGUAAACAAUUCACUUAUAUUGGAUCUAUUUGUCGACAAAUCUUCACUGUAUUUGGUUUGGCCCGUGAACCAGACCGAAACCGGCCUAGAUAA